AAAUCAAGGGAUUUGGGACCAUAUAAAAAAUGACGAGGAGCUAUUAAAGGAUAAUAUUCAAUGUGUAAAAGAUGUUAUAGAAUUGUCUUUCCUGUUGUCAACGAAGUUGUCCAAAAAAAGUGAAAAAUAUUGUGAACGGUUUCUGGAAGGUCUUACAUCCUCCUUGUUUUUCAUCGACGUAUUGCCGCAGUUCGUUCGAAAUAAUGCCAGUGAAUUGAACAGGUAGGUGGUACCCAGCUAUUGGUGCAAGAAAGUUAGUGUUUACAAACUUUUACUUGCUAAUAUGUUUGGAGAUUAAAGUUACGGUUAAGCCAGAUCUGUUCAGUGAGGCAUCUUGUAUAUAUGAAUUGAUUCGCUGAAGUGUUUAAAAUGCCUAUUUGUUAUACAUAUUGGACGAAGUCGAGAAUUGGCGUGAAUGGAGCAUAAGCCUUAUGAAGAUAUUAACGAGGUUGAAAAGUACAGUGGACUUACAAAUCGAUGUACUGUAUAGUAUACAAAUACUAAAAGUUCUGUUGAGGCUUGCCCGAUGAUGUCUUUCAAUUCUGGAUGUUAUUUUACUUACACUGGCACUGUUGUUUUUAGAUUUAACAUAAUCAUGUUUAGGUGCAACAGGAGCAAGAUCAUAAAACGGAUUAUUGUAUCUAUUUUUUGAAGUGUUAAUUUCUAUCUUCUUUCCAGUAGUGCGUUGGCUUGCCCCUUGAAUACGCUCCAAAUAGUUCACUAUGUAGCCUAGAGAAGUAGACCAUCCCAGAUUGGUGCAGCAGGGUCCAUACUCAAGCAUGCAGAGGUCGUAUUUUAAUGCAGUAAAUUUCAAUUCCAUGAGAUGACAUAAUCUUCUGUAUUUUUACGUGUAAUUUCUUUAAUGUAAGAAUUCCAUUUCAGAUUGCUUUAACCAAGUAAACCAGUAAAUUGUGACUGUUAAUAAACCGCAAAUAGUUGUGACUGUUAUUUGUUUAAAUAAUGUUUUGAGGCGCUUUUUUGUGAAGAUUUGUUUUAAAAUUGGUUGAUAUUGAUGAUCUCUAUUUUACCAGAGACGAUAGCGAGAGAUUGAAAUCACUCCUGGAAUUAAUGAUGCAGUUUUCCACUCAAACAGCAACACAAAUAUGGAACGUGGCUGAACAUUUAGCCAACGCCAUCGAAGACAACUCCAAAUGUCAAGGUGUGAAAUAUUUGGCGGACCUUGGAAAGGUAUUGGCAAGGAAAGUGUCAGGAUUUCAAGAUGUCGACACAACUAAUUGUAAAUGGAACGAACUUCCUACUAUUCCAACGGAAAAGGAAAUCUUGGCCGGUGAGUACAAUGUCAGAUGGUGUUAAAACUACGGUUAUAGUGUUAGGGUUAUGACCAACUUUUAUGAUCACACAUACCUUACAAUUUGCUCAAACUGUUUUGUGGAUUUAACAUGAAGUACUUACCGCUCCACGUAUACGCUAUCGAUCGAAUUAUAAAUUUCGAUCAGUGGGCCCGUGAAGUAUUCGUAGUUGAAAUAGGGACGUCAAAACAUAACAUUCCUUUCUUUGUUCUAUUUUUAAACUUAUUUUUUAUAUUUCUUUGCAUUUGAUUGUGUUUGCUGCAUGAUGAAAACGUUUUCGAUCUACAUGUACUUUCACAAAGUUUGUUUCUUUUUGUUCGGAUGUUAGCAGAGCGAGUUACGUUUUUCUCUUUCGUUUUAUAAUUUUUUAUAUAAUUGCACGUUUUUGUAUACCUGGAUUAAACAACUUUCCGAUCAAGUGUUUGAUAUUACGUUUAUUAAAAGUCUAUAUUUAGUCACUAUACUUAAAGAGAAAACUGCAUGAGCAAAUUUUGUUUUAAAUUAGUAUGUAAUUUCUUUCGGCAGUUCUCUCAUAUCCAAACACCGGUCGAUACAAUGUUGUAUUAUUUCGUUUAUUUUUUAGCAUUUGAUCUAAAAUCUCUCGAACCCAUAAAACGCAAAACACCCUACACGUCCAAGGAGGAAUAUUUGGAUAUUAAUUACCGAUUACUUCGCGAAGAGUGUUUCAGAAAUUUAUGUGAUGGCAUUCAGAAUUUUCGCGAGAAUCAGAUAUGCGAGGCUCAAAAAAUGAAAAUGUACAGGUAAUUAAUGAUAUUCAAUCAGUAAGUUAUAUUUAACAAAUAUAAAAAAAAUUCCGUGUUGAUAUACAGUUAUAUAAAACGAGUGGGAAUUGGGAAAACGAAAAAUUGUUUUGAAACACGACGCCCGAGCGCAAAUAUAGCACAAAGAAAUAUAAAGAAAGAAAUUUUUUGACACUGAGUUAUAUCAAUUAACAUAGCCAGAGUAGCGGCUAUCAGGGAAAGGACAGCCUGCACGAGAUCUACUGUUUUGCCAUUUCCACCCACUUAGCCUCAUGUGGGCUACACGUACCCUACUUUCAGAACAGUUGUCAAAAUUGGCCAAUCACACAGAUUGUUUACGUUUGCAAAUUUACAUGUCAAAUUGAAGUAAUAUAGAUUGCUUUAUGUUUUCAAAUUUCAAAAUAAAAUAAUAUACGGAAGUCGGCUAAAGAAAAUUGAAUUCUCUAAAGGCACAAAAUUAUUAGCUGCAAAAUCAUGAAGAAAAAAUCUAUUUGUCGUCGAUGAAAACGAACAUGCUCGUGAAAGAGACGCUGCUAACAGACAGCAAUGCAUCGAAGACACCACAGCCAAUAUCAUUAGAGUUUUAUGAAUAGAGUUUCAUCUUUCGUAUAUACUCGUUUCUCCCUCUGGGAGAACGAGUAUAUACGGCAAAGCAUGGGGUUUCGUUCUAUAUCAACACGGCUCUUAGCCAAUCAGCGUUCAGAAUUUACAAAUGCUAUAUUAUAAAUAUUUAUAUAAAUAAUAUAGUGGACUGAUGACAAAUUGUAAGUCAAGUUUAAUUAAAUGAAAAGAUUGCGAAGUUUAUGUGUUCGUUGGUUUUUACAAGUAAAAUAAUGAGCCGAGGAACAACUAUAUUAAGUGAAUAGCAGAAUAAUUUAUGUUACAAAAUCUAAUUACUGGAUCAAGUUCCCAGUAGCAAACAAAUUUAAUAACAAAAGUGCGAGUAACUACUAUAUAAUUAUGAAGGCUAUUGCAACAGUUCAACCGACUUAUCACCAGUGAACUCUAUUUAGACUGGAACGAUAACUUGGCCGCCAUCUUUGAAGCCAAUAUGAAGCUGAAUUGACGUACAGUGCCAGUCCCUUUAUAUUGUUUUUCUAGGCGCGGUUAACACAAAUUACAGUCAGUUAUCGUUCCAGUCUAAAUAGAGUUCACUGCUUAUCACCAACGAAGUGACGAAUGUAUUGUGGAACACUUGCUUAUAUUAGUUUCAAACUUCAUUUGAGAGUCAAACUUGAAUCCCAAGUUAUUUGACUUAUCUGUUAAAUUUAUGGAGGUAUCGCUAAUUUGCAAGGAACUAAAGUUGACUUUCAAGUAUUAUUUUACCAUCUGUUUUGCCAUGAUUAACUUUCUAACUAUCACGUAGCCGAUCCAAUCCUUUGUGACAUCAAUACAAUUUUCGAUAGCAGCGACUGCAGCAAGUUGACAAUUAGCGAUGAACAAUGACCACAAACUGUCUGAAAGUUAACCAUGAUCCCAGUCUCUUCUUUACAGUAUUAAACAUUAAAUAAAAUCAGAAAUGUAAAUACUUUAGUCAAUUUAAUUUUGAUAAAAAUGGUUGCAACCAAGAUGUUAUCUGUAUUUGCCAGAAAAAUUCGUUGAACUUUCCCAAGCCAAUAACAGUCACACAAAUAUGCAUGUUGACAAUAUUUAUCAUACCCAACAGAAUGUAUCCGCUAUAAGCUACUGAUUUAUUGUAAUUUAUUCGUUUGCAAGGAUUACAUUGCACAGAAUUACUGGCGGUAACACACAAAUCUUUCUUUUGUUGAACUGUAUGGACUACUAUGAAAAGGAGAACAGGUACUCAUUCAUAUGUUCUCGUAUGUUCAUAUUUGUACGUAUUUAAAGCUAUUUUUGGAUUUAAGUCAGUAGGCAAAAGUAGGCAAAAUUGAUGUAGUUUAUAAUUUACACAUUAGGAAGAGAUUUUUUUUUCAUUUUAACACGUGCUUAACACUAAUGAGUAUUAUAUGCCAUGCAUUUGGUAUCGACUUUCAACAUUUUUUAAUUUUAAAUUUGACAAGUUUCUCAAUUGGCAGAGUUUUUCUCAAUUAGCAAUUUGACAAUUUUCUCAAUUUAUGAUAUAAUGCUAAAAUGAAGAGACCGUGGUAGUAUAGUAGGUAGUUUUCGAGUCCUUUUUGCACUGGACGAGAGGAGAGCAGUUGAUUACUUUCAUAAUGGUGAGGAGUGGAAUAUGAGGUGAUAAGUUGGACGACUUAUUAUGUAGGCAUGAUGUCACCGAUUAUGUAUGCAUUGACGUCAUGAUAGACUCGUGACAAGACCGGGCAUGUUUAGGAUAAGUAAUCGUAAGGGUGAAGAGCGAGGACGAGGUGUGAGUUAUUAUUAUGUUGUGCUGGACUCAUUGGUAAGAAAUGUGGAGGUGCACGUGGUUUCGGUAAUUAUUAUGCAAUGACGUCAAUCGCGUAACAAAGCUGUGUUAGUUUAGCGAACGAUAUGACACAUGCGGAGUAUUAUCAAGUUGAAAUCAGACAGGAAAAUACAUACAUACGGCAAAUUUAAUACCAUUUGCUAAGCACAAGUGAUUGAUAGAAAUAAAAAUCGAUGCCUUGACGAUUCUAUAAGGACUACAUUAUGUACAAGAUGUAAAACGGCAGCAUCAAUUGGAAAUAUGAACGAGAAAUGAUGCAAUGAUGGUUUGUUUAUGUGGUCAAUUUUUGGGUUGGCUGUUUUUUCGUUGUUUUGUUUACUAUUUUGUUGCUAGCUUUUGUUGCUAGCUUGUCUGCAUGGUUGCAUUAUUGUUUGGAACUUGGUUUUGCUGUCGUUUAUAAUUAGCUAGACUUGCCACAAGUUGACCUUGAACGAAACGCUAGCAGCGAGCGCAAAGUCGCUCGCGCGAGGUCGACUUGUCAUACUAGCAGGGUUUUCAAUUGCAUUUCGCGCUAAAAAAUGUGAAUAAGUUAUUGGCUAUCAAUUAACAGGGGGCUGAUUUAUCUAAUCGCAUGUGCGUCAUAUUUCAUAUUUGUCACUUCGCUUUGCGAAGCAGUCGUCCCCAAUAUAGGAACUAAAUUGACCAAACUGCUAACUUGGUCUGACCAAAUUGCCAACUUGGUCUUUCAUAAGCGAGACCAACGGAACGACGACGAGAACGAACGACUUGUUAUUUUCCGACAAGUACUCGAAAGCAUGCGGAGCUAACUCAAAGGUUAAGCUUUUCCCAUAUCCUGUCUGUGCCGAAACGAACUCAUCUCUGGCAGAUAGAUAGGCUUGAAUGGUCUGCCGUUGAACUCUAAAUAGCCAGAAAACUGCUGUGCCUUUUCAAUCGCCUUUGAAACCGAAUUCUCCAUUUAGAAAAUGCCUAAUUGUAUUAAAAUUGCAAACACAGAAAGCACAGACACAGUGUUGAAAGGCAGAACACGAAAUACUGCGUAAUUUCCUUGUUUCCGGAAGUCUGUUUAUAAAUACGUCAACAUGUCCCUUUCACGCUUCUCUGAUUGGUUGAAGGGAUCAUCAACAAAUUAAUAUACACAAUAUAUAUAGAUCAGCGUUACUGACCCAUUUUGGGGUCAGUAAAUUUGACGCGCUGCAAGUAUGACAAGUCGGCCUCGCGCGAGCGACUUCGUCGCUCGCUGCUCACGUUUCGUUCGAGGCCGACUUGUGGCAAGUCUAAUAGUUAGCUUGUAUCCUUCUUCAUUGUGUCUGAAUUACCAUCGACGAAUUAUGUUUUGUUGUCUAAUAUACAGUAUAUUUGCAACUUCCUGUUCUAUUGUGUUCCAUAAUAUAUUUCAUUAUUUGUAAUUAAUUAUUUGGUCUAUUUGUAUAUCAUUUUAUAUUAUCUUUAUUAUUCGAUAUGUUUUUGUUAUUCAUUUUGUUAUUCAGCCUGGAAGAAGAGGAAGAUACGUCUAACGAAAUACUCUAUGGUAGCUUGAUGUGUAUUUCACUGAAUAAAAAGUUUGAUAGAUUGAUAUGGGCAACAGUUGUAAAGUGUGAUCCACGACUAUGUGCACAAAGCAAUCCAAAUUCAAAUAUAAAGUAA